AUGUAUUUAUUUUUCCCCGUGACGUCACUUUCCUCCGAGCCAGCUGAUGCUCCCCGUCUUCCGCUGUGCGUGUCUCCUGUCCUCCCGCUGACCCCGCAUCAGUCUCUAGACUUUCCCCCGACUGGAGCCGUGUUUUGUGUUUGUGUUUUCCAGACUGCCAUAAUGCACUUUAGAGACAGAGCACCGCUGUUGUGUUUGUUGGUGCAGGCUGCGCUGGCCGUGGCCUGGUGCUUCACGGACAUGGACACUGGGCCUAGCAUUAGCACAGGUUCGCCCGCACAGACCAAUGGAGAUCGCUUCAAAAUAGAGGGACGAGCUGUGGUACCGGGGAUCAAGUCUCAGGAUUGGGUCUCGUCUGCCCGGGUCCUGGUGGAAGGAGAGGAAUAUGUCGGCUUUAUGAGAACUGAUGGAAGCUUUGCGGUGAACGACAUCCCCUCAGGCUCCUAUGUGUUGGAGAUCAUCUCACCCUCGUACCGGUUUGAGCCAGUGCGUGUGGACAUCACAUCCAAAGGCAAAAUGAGAGCUCGUCUGGUGAACAACAUCAAGACGUCUGAGGUCAUCCGGCAGCCGUACCCUCUGCAGAUCCGAGCCUCCGGACCUCACAGCUACUUCAUGAAGAGGGAGACCUGGGGUUGGACCGACUUCCUCAUGAACCCCAUGGUGAUGAUGAUGGUCCUACCGCUGCUGAUCAUCGUCCUUCUGCCCAAAGUCGUCAACACCAACGAUCCAGAAAUGAGAAAGGAGAUGGAGCAGUCCAUGAAUAUGCUGAACCCCAACCCUGAGCUUCCGGACGUCUCUGAGAUCAUGACAAAGCUCUUCUCCGGCUCCAAAGGCUCCAGUAAAGCCGGGGGCAACAGCAAAGGCACGCGGCCAGCUGUCAAACGGAGGUAG